UUAUAAACAGCAAAAAGUUAAAAAACCGCUUCAUAUUCUUGAAUUACUGCUGAAAAUCAAAAGUGUUUUGUUUCUCAUCAAACGACUGCGUGUGAGUUUUUUUUACUAACAGUCUAAAAAAUUACUGUUUAUGGAAAUUCCAAAAAUCGAUGUUCUAAAGUUAAUUUUAUAGAACCCUUAUUAUUGUGGGAUAGUUAAAACUGGGAUAAUAAAUAAGUCGAAUAUGACAUGAAGUACAUGAAUAAAGUUUGUGUAUGUUUAUUAAAUUAAAUGUUAAUGUAUUUAUACAAAAGUAAAUUUAGCGACGAGAAUAACUUACAGUUCUCAAUAAAAUUUUCGUUUCCAAGACAACAGGCCUGAAGUCUUCGCGGGAUAACAAAUAAUGGUUAAAAUGCACCAGUCAACAAGAUCUCCUCGAUUAAAUAAAGUAAAAAGCCGAAAUAACCAAUUACCGAUCCCAUAUAAUGCAGCCAAUUAUUUUUUAUCGACCCCAAAUGUGUCAAGUCCUGGACAGCUACAAGUCAAUAGUAAAUACACAAACAACAUUGGGAAUAUAAAUGAUGUUUCAGUUGUGCAAUUUCAUAGACCUUCCAAUUUUCAAAUCAAAAUUACUAAUGAAGAAGUAAAUAACUUUCAAACCAGAAAACACCACCAACAACAAUUUAUUUUCACAAGUCCACAAUAUCGAAAACAUCAAAAUUUAAAUUUGCAACAAAAAUGUCAUUUUAAUCAUUCAUUGCAAAGAAAAACAAACAAAGAUCACAAUAACCCUGAUAAUGGCUUAUCAAAUUCUGUGCAGAUACAGAAAAAUGUUGGAUGUUCAAAGGAUUUAUCUUCUAGCGAUAAAAAUUUAAAUGAAAUACAAUAUCAACAGAAUGAAAAAGAUGUAAAAGUUAAUAACAUGAAUACUGUUAAUAAUAAAGUUUUGGAAUGUAGGCCAAGUUCAUGUUCUCAAAAGUUACAAUCAAAAUGUCGAAAAAUACAAUUAAAGAAGUGUAAUAUCGACGAAAACAAAAACGAUACAUCUACUUCAGAUAAUCCAUUGCAUGGACAACUCAAAAAGGUGCCAGAAAAUAUCAAUUUGACCAAUAUAACUAACAAAAAUAAUGAUCUGUGUGUUGUUGCAGAGGAGAGUGAAAUCGAUGGGGAACAAGAUGUAGACAAAGUAGACAACUCUAGUAACAUACAGUCUGAUGUAGUACAGUUCGAUGAUAUCAAUGACAAAUCUAUAAAAAAUGCUCGUGAAAAAACUCCAAUGUGUCUCAUCAAUGAUUUAGCAAGAUUUAACAAAAUAUCAUUUCAGUAUCGUUUAACCAGUGAAAAUGGACCAGCACAUUGUAAACGUUUUACAGUGACACUCAAGUUAGGAGAUGAAGAAUACACUGCAGAAGGAUUUAAAAUUAAAAAAGCUCAACAUUUAGCUGCAAAAGAAGCAAUAGAAAAAACAAAGUACAAGCAUCCAACUCCUAAAGUCACUCGCCGAAUUGACGACAGCAAUGUUACAAAAUCCAAUAUUACACCUACAGUUGAAUUAAACGCGCUCGCUAUGAAACUAGGCCAGCAAACCUAUUAUAUUUUCGAUCCCAGACAUACAACUUUACAGGAAAACAUUUUUACACAAAAUGAUAUUUCAAAAACCAAUUAUAAAACAACAUUUCAGCCUUUGGAAUAUAGUAAAACUAUACAGCAAUCAGAAAAGAUUGAUAAGUGCGUUGCUAAAUUUCAUCCAAACUCGAUAAACUUAUCUAAACAGAUUCCAGCUACUAACUCAAAAGGACCGCUUUUGUCUAAAUAUCAAAUUCGGUUUCAGCACUCUGUUUCCAAUGUACCAUAUCCCAAAUCGAAUUAUCUUGCUUCUACGUAUUUUCCUGUAACAUCUCCAUGCAAAAUUACUCUUAUAGUUGGUACAAAAAAGUUUAUAGGCGUAGGAAGGACACUUCAACAAGCAAAGCAUAAUGCCGCUGCAAAUGCUUUGGAAGUGCUAAAAGAACAAAUAAAUAGCGCAGAAACAGAAUCCCAUAAUGAAUGUCUGGAAGAUACUGAUAACAAAUCGCCUAUAUCGCUCGUUUUUGAAAUCGGUAUAAAGAGAAAUUUACCUGUUGAUUUUAAAGUACUUCGAGAGGAAGGUCCGGCACAUAUGCGAACUUUUAUUACUGCUUGUAUAGUUGGUGACAUAAUAACUGAAGGCGAAGGUACUGGCAAAAAGAUUUCAAAAAAAAGGGCAGCCCAAAAGAUGCUUGAAGAAUUAAACAAAUUACCACCUAUUACUCCAGUUUCAUCUCCAGUUAAACGAGUUAAAUUAAAAAAUGCACCUAAAAAAAGCGUAGGUGUUCGACCCAAAAAUUUAAUUGAAUGUAGAGAAGAAACCGAUCGCUCAUGGAAUAAAAAUAAAAAACUAACUACAGAGACAGACUCAGUAAAUCCUGUAACUAAAUUAUUGGAAUGGCAUCAAAAUAAAAAAGAAAAAGAUCCUACCUUUAAAUUAAUUAAUGAAUUAGGAAAAGAAAACUCACGAAGACGACAAUUUGUAAUGGAAAUUAGUUCAAAUGAUAUUGUUGCACGUGGAGUAGGCCAUAGUAAAAAAAUGGCUAAACGAGAUGCUGCCCAAAAUUUUUUGAUUGCGGUUAGUAGUGGUGUUAAGGUUUCAUCUACUUCGGAUGGAAGUUGCUUAUCAAAGAAAUUUACAGAUGGUGAAAAUAGCAGUUUAACUUCAUUAUCUGAAACAUUUCCAGAUAUACAUAACCGAGAUGAAGUUGCUAACCAUACCAAAAAUAAUGCGGAAACCUGUCGGAUGCUUGAAAAUGAAAGAAAAAGUAAUUGCAACUCAAUUUCUUCUGAUCAUGAAAAUGUAAAUAGUUCGAUUGGCGUUGCAGCUUUAAAGGACAGUUGCCGUCUUUCUACUCCUAAUACGUCUUCGAAAGGUCAAAAUCUUUUUAUGAAAGACCAGUUACUGUAUUUAGCUAAACUUUUAGGGUUUGAAGUGGACUUUUCGGAUUAUCCCAAGGGCAAUCACAACGAAUUUCUUACAAUAGUUAUGCUUUCAACUAAUCCACCGCAAAUUUGUCAUGGAGUUGGAAUAAAUGCUAAGGAAUCUCAAGAAGACGCUGCAAAAAAUGCUUUAAAAAUUCUCAGUGAAAUGGGCUUGAACAAUGCAGUUAAAAAAUAAUUUAAAUUUUUAAUUUUACUUCGGAAAUAUGUAAUGCAGUUAUUGUAAUAAAGAUACCUCUACAGCCUA